AUGCCGCCACGAUUCCGGAGAGGCAGAGGCAAGGCCCCGUUAACGGGCCAUGAUCACGAGGUCGGGCCUUCCCACCGGCGCACACCAUCAAUUACCAUGAGCACCAGUCCCCAAGAGCCUUGGAGGACUUACAUUGAACCCGGGAGGCGAUCCGUCUCCCUAAGCUCCUCACCAUCAUACCUUCAUUCUUUUGGGCCUCAGUCUGAGAAUGAGCCCAACAACCCCCAACCUUCGUUCAUACCUCUUCAGCGAUCGAAUUCGCACCAUUCAUUCAAUGACCCCACUCCUGCUUUUCAGAGCCGGUUCAACCCUGCUAACUACAUUCAAGAACCCGUGGGUUUUAACCCAUUGGGACCAGAGGACCAUUUUUCCGGCGGUCACGCCAUGGAUAUGGACGAGGACUCAGACCCCGUCGAGCCUGCAACCGGAACCCCAAACCAUCCCAUCGAAAUCUCUAAUGGGUCUUCUUUUCAUGGAUCACCUUACCGUGGUCCUGACAGCUACCAGGCAAGGUUCAACCAGUUUGAGUGCCACUACCCACCACUCCAAGAAGAAGAACCGCAGAUGGGGGGACCAUCAAACCCCAUCUCGGAAGUAGACUCUGAGCCUGUGGCACCACCGUUGGGUUUUGGUAACCCAAUCCCUGCAUACGCCGGUUCAGCGGCGUAUAAUCCAUUCGAGCAGCCAGGCCAUACAAAUUACAACUAUGUGGAUGUUGAUCCUUAUCAAGCGGCGUGGGACUACAACGCUCUUCAUCCUGAAGGGCCCUAUGGUGGUCCUUGGACUACUGGGCACCCACCUUAUGUGUACCUGCAUCCGCCACCUCCUCAACCACUGUAUCAGCCACCGCCGCGGCCGCAGCUGAUCCCGCCAGAACGCCAACAAGAGGUUCUUGAUAGAUUAGACCAAGUUGAGCGGGAAGUUCAAGAAGACCGCAUUGAACGUCAAGGCUUCUUCAAGGGUUUAGCAGGCCUACUCGGGAAGUCCAAGAGAAGGGAUUAUUGA